AAUUACACUAGAUAUUCGGCAGCGACGAUUGUUCGCGUAUCCAUUGUCUCAAGCUGGCUCGAGUAGAUAUUGGGCUAUAGAAGGACAAACGCUGAUAAAAGAUUACCGCGACAGUAUGAUUUGAUCCUCCGAGGGAAAAACAUCUCGGUGAAUAAGGAGUGCAGUCAUUGCGCAGGAGUUGAAUAAUUGAAUCAAUUCAACGAACGCCUUCCGUUGCUGAUUGCGUUGGGAAGUGUAUGUGAUAAAUCAGUGGUUACAAGAGUGUUUUAUAGAUUCUUAACCGUAAAUGUUGGUGUUGUUGACUUCAGAGUUCGAUAUUCGAUGAAAUUGGAUUAAUAGUGAUCAUAUCAAAAUGUUCAGAUAUCGCUGCUUGUUCCUAGCACUGCUACUUGUUAAAACUGGCUACACUAAAGAGAUGACAGAUAUUGAAGCGUUGCAAUCGUUGCCGACGCGAUGUACCUACGAAUAUGCGUAUGACAUGUACGGAGCGCAUUGUGCUGGAUUACGACUCACUAAGAUACCGAGUCUUAAAGGAGGAAUUGAGAUUCUCGACUUCAGCGAUAAUAAAUUGCAAGAAAUUCAUGCAGACACGCUAUCGUACUAUACAAGUAUUAAAUACUUGUAUCUGUCCGAAAAUCAGAUUUAUUCCAUCGACAAGGACGCGUUUUCUUAUUUGACAAAUAUACAGACGCUUGACCUCUCGAAAAAUGUUAUAUUCCAGCUUCCAGAAACAAUAUUUCAAUUGCCAUCAUUGCGAAAGCUAUAUCUAAAUGGCAAUCCAUUAUUACAUUUAAGCUUAAGUAGUAUGGUGAUAAGCAAACCUAUAAAGGCUCCCUUAGAUCUUUUGGACUUAUCAGAUUGUAAGAUCAAAGAGAUGCCGGAUUUAGGCAUACUUCCACAAAUGAUAUUAUAUAAUAUAUCUCACAAUCCAUUGACCUCUUUAGAUGCACAAUCAUUUAGUGGUAUGUGCAAACUUGCGAAAGUAGAUUUAACGGAGUCUAUCGACAAAAUCAAACUUUGCGAUAUGAAAUUAAGUGUCAUGUGGUUCCAAGAGAAAGGAAUAUAUUUUCAAUUGGGUGAUUACACUAAGCUUAACUCCAGAGAAUACGAGAACUGUCCUAGAAUCAAUAUACCAGAAAAUCUCAAUGCCACUUACAACAAAUGUCGAAUGGAAUAUACUGAGAUACAAAGUGUAAAAACAUCGCGUCGCACAUGGAUGACCAUUGGUGGCGGUCUCGCUGGGUUUCUAGUCGGUUUUGUUUUAUUGUUAUACAUUAUGCACCGACAUAACGUUGCACAGACGAAAAGAAUUACAAAAGAAAUCAAGAAAGUUCCACCUAGCGACGAUAAAAACGCAAAUGCUAUACUUCUUAGUGACGUAUCUUAGGCUUUUAACUUUUUGUAUAAUAAAUCUCAUAUUGAAUAUGAUUGCAUAUUAUAGUUUGCAAGGGGAAUGCAAAUUAUUGGGAUUGCCUAAGUCUAAAAAUAGGGACCAUAGAUCUCAGGUAUAUUACAUUUAUCAUUUAGCCGAAGCCAAAGAAAACUCAUUUUAAAAAAAGUGCAACUUUGGAAGAUAGGUUUCAGGAAAAAGCUUUUUUACAAUGUUUAGAUUUAUUUUAUUAAUACUAACUGCGAUCGCUAGUAACCACCGCUUAGUAUUAGGUUUCAUUUAUAUAUAAGUUACAAUCAAUUUAUUUUACAGCUUAUUGGGCCAGGCAUCAUAGACCAAAGAUGGUGUCAGAUAGUUAUUUCUCAGACAGCUGAAAACGUUUUAAUUUCUUCUUCUUGGUUGGUGUCACAAAAAUCUCUGAAUCGUUUAAUUUUUUUAUUUUGCUAUUAUUACUUCUAAAUGACAUAUUUUAUAAAAAGAUGGGUUAGGUUCUUAAAGAAAAGAAUAUAUAUAUUAAAGAAUAGGUAUAAACAUGUUCUCAGAUAUUAUUAAAACAGUUAUGUUUAUUGUAAAAUGAAGUAGCGGUAUAUUUAAUGUAAUAUCGUAGGUAUUACUGUUGUCCACCCACCAAUCCGUAUUGAAACGUUUCAAUAAUUUCCUCCCCAAAAAGGAGAGUGUUACGAAUAUGUUAAAUUAGUAAAACCUCAAUGUCUUUGAUUGGUAAAAAAACUUAACUUUGCGGUUUUUAAGAUACCAAUUCUACCACUAACAGAAAACUGUUGCAAAUUUUAAGAUACUUGCAAAUGAAAAAAUAAAAUCUUUUCACCUUUCCGAGAAUAAGUAGCAUUACAAAAUUGCAAAUCCUUUAUUGACUGGCCUAUCUAAAAAAAAUUCAAAAGUAACUGUCCUUGAGAGCCGAGAUGACUCAGUUGUUAGAACGCGUGAAUCUUAACCGAUGAUCGUGGGUUCAAGCUCGGGCAAGCAACAUUGAAUUUUCAUGAGCUUAAUUUGUGUUUAUAAUUCAUCUUGUGCUUGACGGUGAAGGAAAACAUCGUGAGGAAAUGCAUGUGUCAAAUUUCACUGAAAUUCUGUCUGAAACCCGCAUUGGAUCAGCGUGGUGGAAUAAGCUCCAAACCUCAAAAAAGGAGAGAAGGCCUUAGCCCAGCAGUGGGACAUUCACGGGCUGUUACUGUAACUGUGCUUUGGAUAAAACUCCAAUUGAGUCAAAUUUUUAACAAUAAGAAUGUCCUACGUUAAUUUAUUCUUAUCAAGUAAUCUACUAUGCCCGAAAUCAUUCAUCACAAAUUUAAAAAAAUAUUAAUUUAAAGUGGUUCUAUAUUUACAUUUAGGUACAAAUAUAUAUAUAUAUAUAUAUAUAAAAUUCCAAUAUAUAUAUAUAUUGGAAUACGAAAGGAGGCUUCAAAAGGCUGAUUAGAUUUAGAAAUUUAAGUUUCUGGACGGCUAUUUGUUAAAUUUGUAAUGAUUUCGUUAUAAGGUUCAAUGGUUGUCAAUUUUUUAAAUGUCUGUUUGUAAACCUAUGUAUUCCUUGUAAUUUCAUAUAAACGUAGUUUAAAAUUAUAUUAUAAAUAACAUAUUUUGAUACAAUAACGUAGCCUAUAUACUUAAAGAAUAUAUAAAAAUAAUUCUUCAUUUAUUUGAUUGCAGAAUAAUAAAUGUAAAUUGUUUUCUUAUAAAUGUAGCCUAAGCGAAUUUAAGCGAGAAGUUUGCUUGAGUAUCGGUUCAUUUAUAACGAUUUUGCCAAAGAUAUUAAACGAUGUUAAUAAAGCUAGAUACGCAUGUACUUUUUGUCAUCGCCGUUUGCGGGUUGAGAAUGGACGAUCAUUUAAUGUAUCGAAAUAAGCUGGUAUUUUCCACAAGACUCGUUUUAUUGGCGCUAAUUUUUUCGUAACUUUUUUAACUUAGUUAUCUAUUUUUAUGUUUGUAAUUAAAAAUAUAUUUUUAUAUAAACUGUAAGAUCAUGAAUUUAACUAUCUAUUGCACUGUGAUAUAAAAAUAUUAACAGAUUAAAUCUUUGAAAUAU